UGGCGGCCAACGCUGAGGCGGCGACCGUGGGAGUCGCUGCUGAGGCGGCCACGCGAGCGGCUCGCGGUGUCGCGUCUCCGCGGGGCCGGGCCGGGGUGGCGGCGCCUGACGCCUGGCAGUGAAGGAGGGAGCGCGGGAAGGCGCGAUGGCCGCCACCUAGGGCGGUGGGAGAAGCGGGCGCGCCCAGGAUGCCGGCGAGGGGGCGCGGCGGGUCCUCGCUCGCCCCAGGUGUUGAUCAUCUUGCUCAAGUAGCAUCUCCAUGGCCUGAACAUUUUUUGGAAAUCAUUUUGAGCACAGCGUCUGUUUGCUAAUAAGAUAACCGCACAAGAUGGUUGGGAAACUGAAGCAGAACUUACUCCUGGCCUGUCUGGUGAUUAGCUCCGUGACCGUGUUUUACCUGGGCCAGCACGCCAUGGAAUGCCACCACCGCAUAGAGGAGCGGAGCCCACCGGUGAAGCUGGAGAGCGUGAAGUCGACCGUGCGAACUGGCCCGGACCCCAGAGCCAACAAGACCUUUGCCUACCACAAAGACAUGCCUCUAAUAUUUAUCGGCGGCGUGCCUCGGAGCGGAACCACCCUCAUGAGGGCCAUGCUGGACGCACACCCGGACAUCCGCUGCGGAGAGGAAACCAGGGUCAUCCCGCGCAUCCUGGCCCUGAAGCAGAUGUGGUCACGGUCCAGUAAAGAGAAGAUCCGCUUGGAUGAGGCUGGUGUCACCGACGAAGUGCUGGAUUCCGCCAUGCAAGCCUUCUUACUAGAAAUCAUUGUGAAACACGGGGAGCCAGCCCCUUAUUUAUGUAACAAAGAUCCCUUUGCCCUGAAAUCCUUAACGUACCUUGCGAGGUUGUUCCCCAAUGCCAAGUUUCUCCUGAUGGUCCGAGACGGCCGGGCAUCAGUACAUUCAAUGAUUUCUCGCAAAGUCACUAUAGCUGGGUUUGACCUGAACAGCUACAGGGACUGUUUGACCAAAUGGAAUCGUGCCAUAGAGACUAUGUAUAACCAGUGUAUGGAGGUUGGUUAUAAAAAGUGCAUGUUGGUUCACUACGAGCAGCUCGUCCUGCAUCCUGAGCGGUGGAUGAGAACGCUCUUGAAGUUCCUCCACAUUCCAUGGAACCACUCGGUACUGCACCAUGAAGAGAUGAUUGGGAAGGCAGGGGGAGUGUCUCUGUCAAAAGUAGAGCGAUCUACAGACCAAGUCAUCAAGCCCGUCAACGUGGGAGCUCUGUCCAAAUGGGUUGGGAAGAUACCGCCAGAUGUUCUCCAAGACAUGGCUGUGAUCGCGCCCAUGCUGGCCAAACUCGGAUAUGACCCGUAUGCCAACCCACCGAACUACGGAAAACCCGACCCCAGAAUCCUCGAAAACACUAGAAGGGUCUAUAAAGGAGAAUUUCAGCUUCCUGACUUCCUGAAAGACAAGGCCCAGCAGACGGAGCAAGUGGAGUAGCAGAGCCUGGAUCAUCUUUCCCCGUGAGGAGAGACCCCGCCUCUUCAGCGAGAGGGAGCUUCCAGGCCGCUGACCCCGGCCGAGGUCAGCGGCCGCGUGCCCGUGACCAGCCCGUCUGUCCCCGCCUGCCCGCCGGCCGGUUCCUUGCGCUGGGCCCCCGGUAGCACCUGCUCGAGCCCGGCCUCCGAGGGACCCGGCGACGCGGCGCCCUGGCCCCGGGCCCGGAGGGGCAGCUCCUGUCUCAUCCCUAGGACUCCACAGCUUGUGCUUCGGGGAGGGUGUGAACGGCGCGUCCCGGACGCGGUCCCACGUGUUCCGGUGUUCCCUCUCUGUGCCUGUUUAAAUGUAUCGAUGUGGAUAGUGUUAAAGCUUAAUUAUUUAAUUCAUUGUAUUGUUUCUCAGAGUUGGGAAAGUACCGCAUACAUUUACAACUUAAUGACUUUUGUAUUUUAUUUUUCAAAAUAAAAGCUUUCAAUGUGAAGCAUUCUAA